AUGGUUGAUGCUGAAAAUGUUCAGGAACAUGUGGAUCAAGACUUCAUGAUGGUUGGAGAGUCUUCUGAACCUUUAGAUGCUGAAAAUGUUUUUAGAAAAGUGGCUGUUAUUCAAAGAAAGAAAAAGGCUAGAGAAUUGCCUUACAAUGUUCAAGAAGUUGCUCGUGAAAUGAAAGUUAAAGAAAGGCGAAGACAGACAAAGAAAGCUCGUGGAGAAAUUGUUGAUGAUGACUCCGAUGUAGAGCUAUUUGGAGAUGAUGAAGAAGAAAAUGAAGAUGAUAAUGAUGAAAAGGAUGACAAGCCUGAUGAUCAUGAUGAUAAAGAUGAUAAGGGAGAUGAUGAUAACGAUCAGGGUGCUUCCGGGUUAUUGAUCAGAGAUCCAGUUGUUCAAGAAAGAAUCAAUGAAUUGAUGAAUGAUGAGAUCAAUGAACAAGAGGAUGAUUUACAAAAUGAAGCUUCAUCAUCAGGAAAGCAACAUGUUGAUCAGGUAUUCCUCUCAAACCCAACUGUCAUUUAUUUGAAUGUUCAACAAGAAGGUGAGGUUGAGGUUAGAAGAACUAGAGCUGAAAUACUAGAAGAGUUGGGGUUAGAAGAAGGAAAGUUUAAGUUUGAUAUUGAGGACGAGAUUCCUCAGUCACCAGCAAAAGACUUCGAGCCCAGAUAUGCAUAUGAAGCAGAUCACUAUGAUGAUGUAAUUGUUGAAGAUGCUUCAGAUUCUUUCGAAGAUGAAAUUGAUUUUCACUAUGCUGUGGUUGAUGAAACGUUUCCUUCAUUUGCUGAGAUGUUCAAAGACAGAAAUGAAGAUGAAAUUAAAAGAUAA